GCUGCGCCUGCGCCAGAACGGCUGCCUCGCUCCCGGAAGUGGAGAGUCUGCAGAGCGCCGCUGGGUCUGGGUGCCCGGAGGCAGGAGCGCUCGCUGAGGUCACCCGCCAGUCUCGACCGCCAUGUCGGCCUUCGACACUAACCCCUUCGCGGACCCAGUGGAUGUAAACCCCUUCCAGGACCCCUCUGUGACCCAGCUGACCAAUGCCCCGCAGGGUGGCCUGGCUGAAUUCAACCCCUUCUCAGAGACAAAUGCAGCGACAACGGUUCCGGUUCCUGUCACACAACUCCCUGGGCCCUCACAGCCGGCGGUUCUCCAGCCCUCAGUGGAACCAACACAGCCAACCCCCCAGCCCCUGCUUAGACAGGCCAGCAAGUUCCUGCCUACUCGAUUCCUGGCAGUGAGCGAGUUCUCAGAGAGGCAGAUGCUACUAGGCGGAGAUAGUAUUCUCAGAGACAGCUACAUGCGAAAGCUUCCACAGGCCGUGGCAUCUGCAGCCCAGGCAGGCCUGCUUCGGCAACAGGAAGAACUGGACAGAAAAGCUGCCGAGCUUGAACGCAAGGAGCGGGAGCUACAGAACACUGUGGCCAACUUGCAUGUGAGAGAGAACAACUGGCCACCACUGCCCUCAUGGUGCCCUGUCAAGCCCUGCUUCUACCAGGAUUUCUCCACCGAGAUCCCUGCCGACUACCAGCGGAUAUGCAAGAUGCUCUACUAUCUCUGGAUGUUGCAUUCCGUGACUCUAUUUCUGAACCUGCUUGCCUGCAUGGCCUGGUUCUCAGGCAACAGCUCCAGGGGAGUGGACUUUGGCCUCUCGAUCCUAUGGUUUGUCAUCUUCACCCCCUGUGCCUUCCUUUGUUGGUACCGACCCAUCUAUAAGGCCUUUAGGUCCGACAACUCUUUCAGUUUCUUCGUGUUCUUCUUUGUAUUUUUUUGUCAAAUAGGGAUCUAUGUCAUCCAGUUGGUUGGCAUCCCUGGCCUGGGGGACAGUGGUUGGAUUGCAGCCCUGUCCACGCUGAAGGAAGAGUCCUUGGCCGUGUCAGUCAUCAUGAUGGUGGUGGCCGGCUUCUUUACCCUCUGUGCCGUGCUCUCACUCUUCCUCCUGAAGCGGGUGCACUCCCUGUACCGCCGGACGGGGGCCAGCUUCCAGCAGGCCCAGGAGGAGUUUUCCCAGGGCAUCUUCAGCAACAGAACCUUCCGCAGUGCGGCCUCAUCUGCGGCCCGAGGAGCCUUCCAGGGGAAUUAAUCCUCUUUACUCUCUUGCCUCUACCUUCGCCUAUCCUCUCACCUGCCUUCUGAGCUGCACUUUCCGUGGGUGCCUUAUGCAGUGGUUCUGCCCAGCACAGACCUGGUGAAGGUCUCACUGUGGCUCUUCCUCCUUCCUCAGCAACCAGCUCUCCCUGGAAGGGAAGGGAGGGACAGGGACUUUUUUUACACAGAAGAAAAAAAAAAAAAACAAAAACUGUCUUUUCUUCUCUAGUGGUGGUUUGGUAGGAUUCUUUUGUCUCUCCAGAAGCAGUGGGACUGAAGUUCUCUUCCCCUGUACACUCACAGACACCCCCACACACUUGGGAUCGCUAGCUGACCUGGGAUCACUCCAGCUGGAGUUUUCUGCCAGGGUCUUGAGACUCCACUCCUCCCCCAGCAGGCGUGGCCUGAAUCUGGCUCCGCAGCCCUGUCCUUCCUGCCCAGGCUGGUUCACUUUAGGGGAGCUGCAGUCUGAGCAGGUGGAUGGCUCUGUUCCCAGAUCUCUCUGGGGGUCUCCAGGCUUCCCCUGCCUCGUGUUCCUCACUGAUAGAUUCACAGCCCUUUAGGCCCCUGUACCCUCCUGCCGUGGGCAGCACCUUGUGCACUGUGGUUGGUUGGGGUUUGGGGAUGGGGAGAGACAGGAGGACACUGGCCAACCCUAAGUUGUCCUGCCCAGCUGUUGGCAGUUGUCCAGGAGGGUGGGGUCUGACUGUCCUGGUACUGUUUGUUUUGACUUCCUCUUGUCCUGAGGGUCUGCUGCCUUCUGCCUUGGCCUUAAUUUGCACCCCCCAUCCCCAGCAUUAUCUGGCUUGUGUGACUAGGAAGGGCAGCAGGAGUCAGUCCAGAGCUGCAUCCUUGAUGCAGGACUGAGGCACUGAUGGGACACCUUGCGAUGGGUUCCCCAUUCCCUGAGUCUAGGUCACCUUCCACUCACCCUGGGGAUUCCUCAGGAGCUGUGUUUCUGUGACAUGCACCUAGGAGACCAUCGUCAGAACCUGCACUUUGUCCUCCAGAGGCUACAGGAGUUCUCACAAAGCUGGUCACCCCCUGCCUCUCGGACCUGGGCCCACCCUGAGGCAGCCCUCAGGUUGUCUGCCAGCUGGGGCAGGCCCUGAAUCCCUGGAUAAGGGCAGCGACAAGGAUUUUGUAAAGUCCUUUCUGGUUAUUUUUUCUUCAUGUACAAAUGUAUAUGUCUCAAUUUUUGUGCUUAAAUAAAAAAUAAUACAUUUUCAGACA